AUGCCAUUCUCUCUCAGCCUCAGCCAGGCUCUCGCGGCUGCCACUCUCUUGAUCUCAUUAGGCACUGCGCAACAGUGCUAUUACCCCGAUGGAUCGCCUUCGACCGACACACCUUGCAGCACCAAUGGGGAUUCGUCAUGUUGCAGCUCGAGUUCGUUCUGUAUGGAUAAUGGGCUGUGUUUUGGUGGUGGGAUUGUAAGUCGGGGGAGCUGUACGGAUAAGACUUGGGGGAGUUCGGCGUGCACGGGGUAUUGCAAGACAGACUCACCGAGUGGCAGCAUUGCGCUCACACCUUGUUCGGAUGACGGUGGCUCGAGUUCUUUCGUCUGUGGCCUGAAUGCCUCCGCCUGCGACAGCAGUACAGGCGUCUUCACCAUGUCCGGCGGCGGAUCAUUCGUUCUACGACCGGCGCAAGUCCGAGCGCUCAUCGAGCCCGUCCUCAACAGCAGCACCGCCGCAUCCUCCGCGUCGCAAACGACUGUCACUUCAUGUCCCUCGAGCGAACCUUCCAAACCCCAGGGAAUGUACUCAGCAGCCCAAAUGGCAGGUCUAGGAUGCGGUCUGGGCCUCCCGCUCCUCUUCGCCAUCUGCGCAGCGGUCUUCCUCUUCCUUCGAGAAAAAGGCUGGAGGAGAGACUCCAUCAUCGAGCCUGACAGCUACAACUUCCGACCUCCUCCACCCAUUACCAUCCAGCACUCACCUUUCCGCUCAGCACCCGUAUCUCGCGACGGUAGCGACGUGGGAAGCAUGCAGACCAUGACGACCAAUGGGCAAGAGCAUUUGCAUAGCUUUUUGGAUCGAUAUCACCCUAUGAAUGAGAAGACGGGCAAAGUACCAGUACAUCGCGUGGAGCUGGACGGUUCGCCUGUUAGUAUGGAUCGGAGGAGAGAAAUGGGCGAACGAGCCACUAUUCAAGAAGGGAAUAGAUUUUAA